GCCCAUAUUUCCCCAUACGCAACCCACAAAACACUCAGAAAACCACUCGAUCAUCACCGACCAAUGGCGUCCGGUCACGAAGUUCAAGUGAAGCUGACCUCCGCCCACGACCUUAAGAACGUGAACUGGCGAAACGGGGGCGUCAAGCCCUACGCCGUCGUUUGGGUGGACCCCAAGAGAAAAUGCUCCAGCCGCGUCGACGAGGAGGGCGACACGUCACCCUACUGGGACGAGACCCUCACCAUCCCCUUACCCGGCCCCGUCGACGGCGACACCACUCUCCACAUCGACAUCGUCCACGCCGGAUCCGACCGGGACACCAAGCCCCUGAUCGGGUCGGCCCGGCUCAAACUCCGCGAGGUCCUCGAUGACGUGGGCUUCGACGAGCGCGCCAGCCGCACUCUCCAUCUCAAGCGACCAUCCGGUAGGCCCCACGGGAAGGUUGACGUUAAGGUUACUAUUAGGAAGCCACGCCCUCGUGUAGCGGAUCCCUACUACGCGCCGCCUUACGGUGUCCCGCCGCCAGCUGGCUCGCGGGAUUUGCCGGCUCCUCCUCCGACUUACGGGGUACCAUACGGCGCACCUGCUCCUCCGGCGCCGUACAAUCCUUACUACGCAGCUGCUCCGCCGUCUGAUUACCCAUAUAACGGGUACAAUGCUGAUCCGCCGCCGUACGGUCAGCCGGCUCCUUACGGUCAGACCGGACAGGGGAGUUACGGGCAGGGAUCGUACGGACAGGAAGAGAAGAAGAAGAGCAAGUUUGGGGGGAUGGGGACAGGAGUGGCGGUGGGAGCGGUGGCUGGGGUGCUGGGUGGGCUGGCAUUGGCGGAGGGUUUUGAAUACAUGGAGGACAAAAUUGCAGAUGACGCUGCUGAGAAAGUGGAGGAUGAUCAGUACGACGACGAUGACUACUAGGCUGUUCCGUUGUUUUCCGAUGUUUCGAGAGACUGAAGUUUCCGAUAUCCAGUUGUUAGUCGUAGCGUGGCUAGCAGGCGAUGCUUUUUAAUUAAUUUGUAUUUUAUUUUGCUUUUUAUUUUUGUUUUUGCAUUGAGAAAAAUGAAAGGAAUCAUAUUAUUGGGCGAUUGAA